AUGUCUUCGACACUCGGAAAACGCAAAGAGCGCGAUCCCGAUGGGCAUGGUUCAACACUCUUUGUCUCUAACUUGCCUUAUACCGCGACCUCUACCGACCUCCAAACUCUAUUUUCUGACAUUGCACCUGUCCGCUCAGCCUUCGUAGUCACUGAAUCUGGAACCGGGGUGUCCAAAGGUGUCGGAUAUGUCUCGUUUACCCUUAAAGAAGAUGCAGAAUCGGCGUUUGAAACGAUAUCGACCAACGGAAUCUCAUUAGUGGGACGGAGUCUACGGGUACAGUGGGCAGAUUCGAAGGCAACUACUUUCUCCGUUCCCAAAGAAAGAGGUCCACGUCCAAAAGUAGACCACAAACCGACGAAAUUUACUACGCCCAUUGACCCUCUUGCCAUUCGUACCAUAAUCGUAUCAGGUGUCCCGUCCGGGGUCGAUUCGAAAACUCUAUGGAAAAAGUUCCGCAAAUGUCCUGGUGCCGUAAAAGUCGAUUGGCCAGUAACUGUCGACGAUAAAGAUGAUCCAACGUUGGCUCAUGUCUUAUUCUCUUCACCCUCUGAUGCACUUUCUGCUGUUGGCAAACUUCACGCCCAUGUUUUCAAAGGAAGUCUUCUUUCAGUGACCCUAAAAAAACGACAGGACGCGCUCUCCAAACCUCUGGGCAAGAAACUCAAAACUGCUGGUGCCCCCAGCCAUGCUAGUCGUCUGAUCGUUCGCAACAUCCCUUUCGACGCUACGGAACAAGAUUUGCGUGCUAUUUUCUUACCUUAUGGUCCUCUCUACUCGAUCCAUAUUCCUCUAGCCGACGAGACAACUGAAUCAUCUCCGCCCCGCACCAAGGGGUAUGGUUUUGUCUGGAUGCUGAGUAGAAAAGAUGCGGAGCGUGCAAUGGAGGCUUGUAAUGGAAUUACGCUCUCAGCAGGCGUGGCAGAGGAUUUGGUUUCUGACAAACAGAAGAAGAAGAAACAGCGUCGAGUGGAGAUGAAGUCCAAGAAACUAGCGGCCGAGGAGAUGGAAGAGGACGAUGAGCAGGAAACAGGGCAAAAUAAAAGGGCACGAGUCAUCGCUGUCGAUUGGGCACUAAGCAAGGAUCGAUGGCAGGAAGCACAAGAAAAGCAGGUCGCCGACCAAGACAUGGAAACCGAGUCCGAGAGUGACUCUGACAGCGACUCGGAAGACAGUCAUGUCGGGGUCCACGAUGGCUCCGACAGUGACCAAGAUGAUAGCGAGAAUGAAAAUCAAGAGAUAGGAAAGCCGCAACUUCCUUUGCCUGAAGAAGGCACGACCUUGUUCGUCCGCAAUGUGCCAUUUAUUGCGACAGACGAUGAACUGCGAAUAUUGUUCCGUGCAUUUGGACCACUGCGAUAUGCUAGAGUGACAAUGGAUCCAGAGACUGGGCGAUCCAGAGGGACCGGUUUUGCUUGCUUCUGGAAUAAGCAAGAUGCGGAUAAAGUAAUCGAACAGAGUGACCUUCUUCGAUUAGAAGCGACAGGAUCAGAGCAACCCCCCAAAAACCCCUUUGCAAUGCCGUCUCUUCUUACUGCUGACCCCUCAUCCACUCUUGCUCAAAGCCUCGUUUUGCAUGGUCGAACUCUCGAUGUUGUUCGUGCCGUGACCCGAGAUGUUGCCACAAAGCUGAAAGAAGAGGGCGAGCGGAAAAGAGAAAAAGCAGACAAAAGGGACAUGUACCUGUUACGUGAAGGAGUUAUUCUGGCCAAUACUCCUGCCGCCGAGGCACUCUCAGCAGCCGACUUGGAGCGACGAACUACGUCAUUCAACACUCGCAAAGCCCUUCUCAAGUCCAAUCCUGCGUUAUUCAUCUCUCGCACUCGGCUGAGCGUUAGGCAAAUUCCUCUAUUCGUGACAGAGCGUGGCCUGAAACGCCUUGCCAUCCAUGCUGUCCGCGCAUUCCAGGACGACGUCAAAAAUGGAACGAGACUGGAAUUGAGCACCGAUGAACUUGCGGAGCCGGAUUCUGAUGGCGAAGAACCCAAGAAGCUGAGCAAAAAACAGCUCUUCGGGAGACGGACCGGCGUCAAGCAAGCCAAAAUUGUACGGCAAUCUGAACGAGUCGAUCCAGUCACGGGAAAAGCUAAAAGCAAGGGCUAUGGGUUCGUCGAAAUGAAUAAACAUGCCGACGCGCUUCGGCUUCUCCGUUGGGCAAACAACAACCCUAAUGUGAUGUCUUUGUUCGAGACGUGGUGGAAGGAGGAGUUGCAAGAUCUGAUCAAGGCGGAAAAGGCGAAGGGCGAAAACGAACAGGAUGAUACGCGGUUGAAGAAAAUGCAGAGUGAGCUGGAAAUUGAGAGUAGGAAAACUAAAGGCACUCUAAUUCUUGAAUUCUCAAUCGAGAAUAUCACGACCAUUCAGCGUCGAGAUCGAAAGGAAAAGACACAACAGGCUGUGACACAAGAAUCCGAUCAAGUGGCCAUUGAAGAGCGUCCCACUAAAAAACGACGCGUAUCAAAGGAUGGGCCAGAGAAAAAGCAGACAGAGCACAAUCCUGUUGGCUCUUUGAUCGGAAGGAAACGAAGGGAACGCAAGCUUGGGAAAGUGAAGGGCAAGUAG